CGUAGCACUAGAACAGCCCUUCUUCAUGCGAUCUUCCCAGACCUAUUGGAAAAAUAACCCCCCCACUCCGUAGAGCAAGGUCUGUCACCGCUCACUCAUUUUUUCCGCACUGGAAUACGAGCAGAAACUAUGUUGAAUGCAGCAGGGAGCGAGGAGGCUAUAAAGGGAGGAGGAAUCCAGUCACAUCUCACUGGGAAGGGUUUCAACAGUUGACGCGGAGGGAGCGCAGCGCCUCACGUUUGCUUCCAAAUCUUCUUUUUACGCGCUUGUGUGUCUCUCCUGACAACGAGGACGGUGCGGACGUGCCACCUCCGAAUGAAGAAGACGAAAGGAGUGGAGCCAGUCGGACUGGAUUAUGGGAUUACUGGGCUGAUCGCAGGACGCACCAGCGGGCAAAAGUCGCAGCCAUAGAUGCGCCUGGAUGACGGGGACGCAGACGCGUGUGUCGGAGUGACGGCUCUAUGUCUCUUAUUCCACUUUGGGCUACGUGCUGGCUGCGAGGAUCGCGGAGUCCGUGUGCAACAGUGUGUCGCACCAGAGGCAGAGGCAAAAGUGAAUGCAUCGCGAAUGGCAGCGCCGGGCGAUGCUGCAGUUUGAAGGGGCUCGUCAGUGUUUGCCGGGGAUGUCGCAUGAGGGCGAUGCGCUUUUGUGGGCUGCGGUCUAACCUUCAGCAUCGGAGAUUGUGACGCUUUAACCUUGGAUGCAGCUGGGUAUAUUAAUACUUUAUACUCAUCGAUUAUUCAUCAAGUGCCCCCCCCUCAGCCCCCGCCAGAGAGGAAGAAAAUAAAAUAUCAAACAUCUCUGGUGCACUAUGUGGGAUUUGAUCUUUAAUUCAUGCAUUAGGUGUCGCCAGCCGGUCAUCCUUGUUUACAGAAGGAGUUCAUCGUCUGUGAUGCAGAUGUGAGCGAGGGACUUGGGAAUCAGACCAGGUUUGGAUCCGCUCCUCUAGGUUUGCUGUAAUCAACAGGUUGAAAUCCGAGGAUUUUUUCUUCUUCUUCUUCUUCCCGCCCCGUCUGUCUGCUACAACUGCAUAUCCAGUUUCAGGGAUGCGUCUGUCUGUGCCAUUCUUCCUCCUGUUGUGGGUUCAAGCCCUGACAUUGAAAAACCUGAGCUAUUCUGUCCCGGAGGAGCAAGGACCCGGCACGGUGAUCGGGAACAUAGCGAAAGACGCCGGCUAUGGAGUCAUGGAACGGGGGAAGAAAUCCAACUUCAGGGUUCUGGAGAAUUCGGCGCCACACCUGGUGGACGUUGACCCGGAGAGUGGACUUAUCUUCACCAAACAAAGGAUCGACAGGGAGACGCUGUGCUGGCGCAACCCAAAGUGCCAGCUCUCUUUGGAGGUGUUUGCCAACGACAAGGAAAUAUGCAUGAUCAAGAUCGACAUCCAGGACAUCAACGACAACUCGCCCAGCUUCCCCUCGGACCAUGUGAACAUUGACAUUUCCGAGAACGCUGCUGCUGGGACGCGAUUCCCACUGACGAUCGCUCAUGACUCCGACACCGGGGAAAAUGGGAUAAAGACCUAUCAAGUGACAAGAGAUGAUUACAAUACAUUUUCCUUGGAUUUAAAAGUGAGGGGCGACGGGACGGUGUAUCCGGAGCUGGUGGUUCAGAGACCCCUGGAUCGCGAGGAUCAGAGCCAUCACACGCUUCUCCUCACAGCCAUAGACGGCGGGGAGUAUCCCAGAUCAGGCUCCAUGCAAAUCAACGUCAGGGUGACGGAUUCCAAUGACAACAGCCCGGUCUUUGAGAAAUCCUCCUAUGUCAUUGAGAUUGCGGAAAACUCGCCCCCUGGAAAAGUGCUGAUUGACCUGAAUGCCACCGACCAGGAUGAAGGGAGCAACGGGCAGGUGGUCUACUCUUUCACUGGAUACGCCUCUGAGCGAAUACAAGACUUGUUCUCCAUUGACCCCAGUACUGGCGUGGUGAAGGUCCAGGGGGAGAUUGACUAUGAAGAGAAUCCAAUCAUCGAGUUUGAUGUGCAGGCCAAGGAUCUGGGGCCGAACCCCAUACCGGGCCACUGCAAAAUUACUGUCAAAGUGCUGGACAAGAACGACAACACGCCAAUAAUAAGUUUCGUCUCCGUCCGGCAGGGAGCCAUCAGCGAGGCGGCGCCCCCAGAGUCUGUCAUUGCGCUGGUCAGAGUGACGGAUAAAGAUUCGGGCCGGAAUGGCCAAAUCCAGUGCCGAGUGAUCGGAAACGUACCCUUCAGACUGCAGGAGAACAAUGACAAUUUUUACACGCUGCUCACGGACAGGCCCCUGGACAGAGAAGUGAAGGAUGAGUACAACGUGACCAUUGUUGCCAGAGACAAUGGCGUCCCUUCUUUGAACUACACAAAGUCCUUCACUGUGAAAAUCCUGGACGAGAAUGACAACGCGCCCCGCUUCACAAAGGCAGUGUAUGUGCUACAGGUGCCGGAGAACAACAUCCCAGGGGAGUACAUGGGCUCCGUUCUGGCACAUGACCCAGAUGUUGGCAGAAAUGGGACAGUGUCGUACUCCAUUCUGCCGUCGCACGUAGGGGACGUCUCCGUCUACACGUACGUGUCUGUCAAUCCCACGAACGGAGCCAUUUACGCCUCGCGCUCCUUCAACUACGAGCAAACCAAGUCGUUUGAGUUCAGAGUUCAAGCCAAAGAUGGCGGCUCGCCUCACAUGGAGAGCACCUCCACAGUCCGGGUCAACAUCCUGGACGUCAACGACAACCUCCCCGUGAUUAUUCUGCCCCUCCUGCAGAACGACACUGCGGAAAUCCCUGUGCCCAGAAACGUGGGCAUCGGCUACAUCGUGGCCACGGUGAAAGCGGUGGACCACGACCACGGGGAAAGUGGCCACCUGACUUACGAGAUCUCAGAGGGCAACGACGACCACCUGUUUGAGAUGGAUCCAGUGGGAGGAGAGGUCAGAACCACUCACGCUCUGUGGGAGGAGGUCAGCCCUGUGGUUGAGCUGGUGGUUAAGGUAACCGACCACGGCAAGCCGCCCUUAUCUGCCGUGGCUAAGCUGAUCAUUAAGGCGAACUCGGAGUUGGCGGCAGGAGGGGGCUCCAGCGUGAGCGGGGAGCAGCACCACUGGGACGUCUCCCUGCCCCUCAUAGUUACCCUCUGCAUUAUCUCUGUCAUGCUCUUAGCAGUUAUGGCCGCCAUCGCUGUCAAGUCCAAGCAUCAAGAUAAGGAGAAUGGGAAUUAUAACUGCCGCAUGGCUGAGUACUCUAAUCCUCCUGUGGGGAAGGGUAAAAAGAAAAGGAUCAACAAGAGUGACAUCAUGCUGGUGCAAAGUGAGAUGGAGGAAAGAGAUUCUGCCAGCCGGAUGAACGUGGUGAGCAGCCCCUCUCUCAUCACCUCACCAAUUUGUUUUGACUACCAGAGCCCUCUUCCGCUCACACUGCCCAGGUCAGAGGUCAUGUACCUGAAAACAACCCCAAACAGCUUGACAGUCCCCCGGGCGGGCUGCCAUUCCAGCUUCGCCGGCCUUAGCACCGACGCUCCUGCGAAUCGGAUGUCAGUGAUUCAGACUGAAAAUUUUUCCUCUGAGCCCAAUUACGCCGGCAGCAAGCAGCCGUUUGCUCAAAGCUCCACAUUUAAGGAUGCAGAACGAGCCAGCCUCCGAGACAGUGGCCAUGGUGAUAGUGACCAGGCUGAUAGUGACCAGGAUACUAAUAAAGGCUCACACUGCGACACAUCUGCCAGAGAGGCCCUCAAGAUGAAAGCAACAGCAGUUAAUGGGCAGCCUUUCGAGCAGGAACAAGACAAAUCAGUCCACUGCACGGACGAGUGUCGUGCACUGGGACACUCUGACAGAUGCUGGAUGCCAAAGUUACGGGUAGGAAGCCAAGCAGACAGCGCCGAUAAUCGCACCAACCUUUUCAUCCCUGUGGGAAUGGACGCCAUGGUUGAGACAGAGAUUUAUGGCACCAUCAGCCGCGGCAGCAGAAAAACCCUCAGCACGUUCGGCAAGGAGCAGCGGGAAAGUACAAUCCUGGUGGCCAACGUCAAGCCGUACUUAAAAUCGCAGCGCGCGCUGAGCCCCCCGCUGCAGGAGAGCCCCUCCGCCUCCGGCAGCCCCACCAAGGCCGGCUCGCCCCAGGACUCGGCAGGCCAAGAGGCCAAGAAGGAGCGGGAGGGGGCCUCAGACAGCAGUGCCUACGGCCCUCCGGACGGCCAGUGUUCCCCGUUGCACACUGAAUUAGGGGAGCCCUCCUACGUGACCUGCGAGCUCAGGCCAAAGUCCCUGUCCAGCAGCCUCAUUCACAGCGCCGUCAUCAGCCAGGAGUGCGGCGGGGGCUCCGACUACCCCCUGGACCCUCGGGACUCUGGAAACUGACAGGUGAAAAAAUUCCCCUCGCUCUCGCCUGCGAGGGAGUGAUGACAUCAUCACAGAAUAACGACCACGAGGCGGCUUCUUUUGACCCACAUCAGUGUCCAGACACACGUUGUAUAACCAAAAAAACCAUGUCCUUUGUAUGUUUUUGGGUUUUUCUUCUGUUUUUUUUUUUUUCUGUGAAUUGUUGUGUUUUGGUGACAAAAAAAGAAAAGAAAAAUACCUGUCUUUGACUUAUGUGAAGGUUUGCAGGGCAAUCAAGUGCUGAGCCGACUUCAUGUGUUUUCAUGGUGUACUGUACCCGUCCAACUAGAUGUCUGUAUUUGACCACCUCCCCGGUUUCGUGAGGCUGAAGAUCAACUUGCUACUGUUAAGCUACUGAGUCCUGUCUGCUUUUGUACGGUGAAGCUUUCUGUCCCCAUCUGAGUGUGUUAAUAAGAAACAUCUCUUUGAAAAUCACAGACUACCGAGAUACAUAUCAGUGACGUCGACUACUACAGUGAAGUGUCUUAUGAACUGUCAAUGGUGGUGCACCGGGGAACGUCCCCUUCCGAGAAACCGUUUAAGGUUCCCGUAAAAGAGUUUUCUAAGAAUGUAUUUGUAUUUUACUGUCGUCCUCUGCGGUUUGUGUGAAAAUAAGCUGAGCUUACACGUGAAUGUGGGCUACUGUACUUGUUGUGUAUUUUAUUAAAUUUGUAUACACUGUGUGCACGGACAGCGGUUAUUUUUUACUGCAGAAGCUGUCUUGUUGUCGUGUGUGUGCGACGAGCAUUUGUGUCCAUGAGGCUCUUCCACAAACGUGCCGGCUAACCUUCAGUUCCGUGUCUUCACCAGCACAUGCUAUCCAGCAGUCGGCCCGCUCCGCAUCCGACUGACCUUUAAGUGACGUCGCGGCCAACGUUUUACACCAACAUGG